GAAAGGGCCAGGAGCUUCCGAUCUUGGCUGUGCCCUCCUGGCGAUCCACACUCUUCCAGAGCCAGCAGAAGAUGAUCACAUCCCAGGGAUUAUUGUCAUUUGGGGAUGUGACUGUGGGCUUCACUCAGGAGGAGUGGCAGCGCCUGGCCCCUGCUCAGAGGACCCUGUACAGGGACGUGAUGCUGGAGAACUACAGCCACCUUGUGUCAGUGGGGUUAUCCAUUCCUAAACCAGAAGUGAUCCUCAAGUUGGAGCAAGGAGAGGAGCCAUGGAUAUUAGAGUCCCCAGACCAGAGUGACCCAGAAUUAAUUAAUAGUAGUAGAAACUAUUCAAGAAAGAAGUUUAAUGAAUCUAACAAAAGUAGAAAUUGGUUCCAUAAUGAUAAGCAUGAAGAAAUUUAUUCUGAAGAGAAACUUUAUAAAUAUAAUAAAAAUGGGAAUGACCUCCAUCUUAAUGAAGAUUUUGUUCAUCAUCAGAAAAUUCAAAUUUUGGAGCAACCUUUUGAAUACAGUGAAUGUAGGAAAGCUUUCCAUGAGAAUUCACUCUUUGUUGUACAUAAGAAAACUUACACAGGAAAGAGCUCCUGUGAACACACUGAUUAUGGGAAGAUCUUCUGUGACAUGUCAUCCCUCAUGGCUCGUCAUAGAACACAUGCAAGAGAGAAUCAUUAUGGAUUUAAUGAAUAUGGAGAAAAUUUAUUUGAGGAAUCCAUUCUGUUUGAGCAGCAGAGCGUUCAGCCUUUCAGCCAGAAGUCAAACCUCAUUCCAAUUCAGAGAACCCACUCAGUUGACAGUGUAAUUGAAUAUAAUGAAUGUGGAACAUUUUUCAGUGAAAAGUUAGUCUUUGGUGUACAACAGAGAGCACACACAGGAGAAAAACCUUAUGAAUGUCAUGAAUGUGGAAAAACCUUCAACCAGAAGUCAGCCCACACAAGACAUCAGAGAACACACACAGGGGAAAAAUCUUGUGAAUGUCAUGAAUGUGGGAAAACUUUCUACAAGAAUUCAGAUCUCAUUAAACACCAGAGAAUUCACACAGGGGAGAAACCUUUUGAAUGUCAAGAGUGUGGGAAAUCCUUCAGUGAAAAGUCAACCCUCACUCAACAUCGAAGAACACACACAGGGGAGAAACCGUAUGAAUGUCAGGAAUGUGGGAAAUCUUUCUCAUUUAAGUCAGUCCUUACUGUACAUAAGAAAACACACACAGGGGAGAAGCCCUAUGAGUGUUAUGAAUGUAGGAAAGCCUUUCUUAGAAAAUCAGACCUCAUUAAACAUCAAAGAACUCACACAGGGGAGAAACCUUAUGAAUGUAAUGAAUGUGGGAAAUCCUUCUCUGAGAAGUCAACCCUUACCAAACAUCUGAGAACUCACACAGGUGAGAAACCCUAUGAAUGUACUGAAUGUGGGAAAUUUUUCUGCUAUUACUCGGGUUUCACAGAACACCAGAGAAGACACACAGGGGAGAAACCUUUUGGUUGUAAUGAAUGUGGGAAAAACUUCCGUCAGAAGUCAGCCCUAAUUGUCCAUCAGAGAACUCACAUAAGACAGAAACCCUAUGAAUGUAAUGAAUGUGGGAAAUCAUUCUGUGUAAAGUCAAAACUCAUUGCACACCAUAGAACACACACAGGGGAAAAACCCUAUGAAUGUAACAUAUGUGGAAAAUCAUUUUAUGUGAAGUCAAAACUCACUGUACAUCAACGAACACAUUUGGGGAGAAACCCUAUAAAUGUAAUAAAUGAGGGAAACCACUCUGGGAGAAGUCAAGAAUUUAUAGAAAAAGAAUGCAAAAAGGGAGAAAAAUCUGUUGUAAUGAUUUUGAAAACAUAUUAG